GAAUCAUGAACGAACGUUCCCCAAAGCUCCUCCUUUACGAGUGCGCGGUCUCCGCCCUGGCGAGGCGGCUAUAAACGCCAGCCAAUCAGUUUCAGCGCUGCUCAAAAUCUGCAGUGCCACCGCCAUGUCGGAGUCGGCGCGACCAACCUGUAACAGCAAAAAUUACUCGGCUGAGCGCCGCACACAGUCAAAAGUACUCUACACCCGACCACCUCGGCGUGGCAGAUAAGUACUCGCCCUCGCCGGACUCACCGUCCAAUCUCGCGUUCGCAUUGUUUCUCUGCAAGUGACUUGUGUACCCAUCAUGCACACCGCUCUCCUCAUAGACGAGAUAUUUCAGGCCAUCCUCGAAGCUUGUUCCGCCUGGACGGAGCAAGAAUACCGCUCGUCGCUGUGCCAAGUCGCGCGAUGCUGCAGAGCUUGGUCUGAUCCAGCGCUGGACAGGCUUUGGGUCCGACUGGACGGCAUAACGCCUCUCGUACGGUUGUUACCUCAUGCGGUGAGGAGGAAUGAAUUAGAGUCCAGGGCACUGGCACGAUUUCAUGCGUAUGCGCAUCGUGUCCGAAGCAUCAGGCAGACGGAGGCCGUGAGGAUACCCUCGACAUUGCGCGGCUUCCUUUCCUUGCCCAAGCUCGCUUCGAUUCGCUUCCGCGACGGUGGUUGCCAGACGGCCGGCUUUUGGGGUGUCUCCUCCAACGUGCGCGAGGUUGACAUUCAUCUCGGGUUCAGCCGACGGAAAGGAUGCUCAAGUAGUGCGCUCGAGAGAUACCUCGAGGAGCUCCACGACGCGUCGGCGCGCGUGGAGAUUCUACGGGUCCGAGGGACGACAUCUCCACAACUCCUUCGCAGUGUCGCUACGUACACCUCCCUCGCCACGCUAGACCUGCGUGUCGGGAUAUCACUCUCCAUGGAGAUAUUCUGCAAGAUUGCCACGACGUUCAUAGCUCUCCGCGGGCUGACAGUAGACGCGCGGCACCUAGACGCGCGAGAACUGUUGGAGGGCCUUACUACCUCGCCCACGAUGGAGGCGGAGAUCUUUCCUUUGUUACGAGAUUUGACACUCCAGGCGAAGCCCGCCCUCGCCUCGGCCCUCUUGCAACUUAUCCCAUCCCGCACCCUGGAGACAUUCCAUUUUGACGUGCAGUGGACGGCUGACGCGCCCUCAAGCCCGCUCCGCCAAGUGUUCGCACAAAUCCCGGAGAACCUCCGGUCCCUCUCGCUAGAAUGUUUCGACGACGUCGACAUAAUCGACCGCGCUACGCUGCGUCCACUGGCGCGUCUCGCCGGGCUUCAGCGUUUCGACGUACAGGUUGCCGUGACGCCAGGUCUGAAUGAUCAAGACGCCAAAGAUCUCGCUACGUGGUGGCCGAACUUGGAGCACUUAGCUGUCGGCGCAGUCCAGGACGUCUGUGGGCUGCCACGAGAUUACGGGAUGACGCCCGCGGCGUGCGCGUGGUUCGCAAGAUCUUGCCCCGCGCUACAGAGCCUGGCGCUGCCGGUCCACAUUCCUCAGAGCGCCGAUGGAUUGCCGGGUGCCGCGCCCCUUGCCCGUACACCGAGUAACGCUAAUGGGCGCCCGUGCACCGCGGUUCGCCGUCAUCCCCUGCGACGACUGGACAUCGGUAGCAGGAAGACCAUUCCACCUUCCAUGUCCGAGUUUUGCGACUGUAUCCGUGUCUUGUUCCCUUCGCUAACAUUACUAGAAGUAUCGGGCCUGCCUGAUAUCGAGCUGGUGCAGCAAUCAACAUGCCCAAGCUACAUCCCUCCCUUCCUAGUCAUUAUCACACCAUUCUUUCAGACCACGGUUUCAUGGACCCCUGACGGAUCCCAUCAUAGAUAG